AUUUUCCAACACUAUUGUAUAAUCAGCUGAAAACAAAACGUUACAGGCAUCAAGUAAAAUAAAACACAAUCCCUCAAUAAUGUCGAAUUGUCAAAUGGCUAAAUUGAUAUCCUAUGCAAAAGGCGGAUUUUUGCGUAACACCCGCUUAACCAGCCGUGCCGUGCCGCAAGUUUAUCAACAUGCCACAAGCAGCCGGGGAUUUGUCCAUCUGACAUCAUCUGUGGCGCAAUCAUCAGCAAUUCAUGUGUCCACUCCCAGUACUCCUUCUCUUAUGCUUAUAAUGGGCAAACGUACAAUGUUUAUACAAACUCAGGAUACUCCAAAUCCAGAGAGCUUGAAAUUCUUACCCGGCGUCGAAGUACUUGGCAAGGGUAACACAUACGAUUUUCCGAGCGUUGCAGCUGCACAUUGCAGUCCAUUGGCCAAAUUACUAUUUCGCGUUGAGGGUGUCCGAUCCGUGUUCUUUGGUUCCGAUUUUAUAACCAUCUCCAAAGAGGAGGCCGCCGAAUGGGGCCUCAUCAAGCCCGAGGUAUUUGCCGUCAUAAUGGACUUCUUUGCCAGCGGUCUGCCCAUUCUGCAUGAGGCACGCAACAAUGCGGAUACCGAGAUACUCGAAGAUGAUGAUGAAACCGUAAUGAUGAUCAAGGAGCUACUUGAUACACGUAUACGACCCACUGUCCAAGAAGAUGGUGGCGAUAUUGUCUUUAUGAGCUAUGACAAUGGCGUUGUCAAGCUAAAGAUGCAGGGUUCCUGCUCCUCGUGCCCCAGUUCUAUAGUAACAUUGAAGAAUGGUGUACAGAAUAUGCUGCAAUUCUAUAUACCCGAAGUGGAAUCCGUUGAGCAGGUCUUUGAUGAGGCUGACAAAAUGGCGGAUAAAGAAUUCGAACGUUUCGAAAGGAAUCUAAAGCAAAAGGAUACAUCGAGUACCGCACCCGUGGGUAUAGGCGGUGGUCCUGCAAAUUAGUAAUGAAAAUUAUUCUUUUUUUUUUUCUCUCUAAUUAUAAUGUUUGACUAUUUGUUGUUGCCUAAUGUUAGCGCCUAAGUAAAUAAAUCGAAGCAAUGAGCAUCUUCGGCUUGUUAUACAUAUA